AUGGUAUGGACCUCAGAAGAAACGCAGAUCGUGGUUGCGGCCGCGAUCUGUACUCUUCAGGUUCUCAUCCGCUCGUUUGUGCGUAUUGGGGGGACGUUGAAAUGGUUCCCUACUAUGCAGCAGCAGAGGUGGCAUGCCGAUGAUAGCUGGAUGGCUGCCUCUCUCUUCCCCUUGCUACUCCGGACCGUCUGCAUGUGCUGGAACUUUUCCCUAGAGAAGCCGCUCUCACAGAAAGAUGAGGAGCUGUUUCAAAAGCUUGUCAUGGCGGCUCGUUUAACUUAUGCAAUGUUAGCUAUUCAGAUUCUCCGUUCAUUCAUUUUUUUGACAUUCAUCAUCAUCGUCCUUGCGACCUUACUUGAAUGCCGGCCCAUAUACGUAUCUGUGUCGAAAGGGAACCGUGAAUCUCCUCUGCAUGGCAUCUUUGAACAUAAUAACCGACCUCGCUCUCAUUUUAUUUCCCAUACCACUCCUCUGGAGGAUGAGUGCUCUCAAAUUUCAGACUCAUUCCGUCUCCCAGGAGUCCCGAACUUUGCCAACGCAGCAUUCUACUAUGCCUUGUGGAAAGAAAGUCAACAUCUUGUCCGCCGCUGUACCCGCCCAGCAGACCAACUACCCUCGCAGCUCCAGUCUCCAGAAACCUCGUCUAGGGAGCCAGGAACUCCUCAAAUAUGGGUUUCGAGGACUAGCGAAUCUACAAUGGAUUGUAGAGACAGUUUCGACAUCGCGGAAUACCACCUACAACUAGCUAUACCUAGCACCUCCUUUUUCUCCCAGUUGGAUAAGUUGGAGGCGGGAGAGCAGGAAGUGGACAUGGGAUAA